AUGGCUCAAGUCAACCUCAAUGAUCAGCUAGAUCAGCUCCAGGCUGCGCGGAACCUGGUGCUGUCCGAUGCCGCGCUCUACCCACAAGUUGUCCAGGGAAUCCUUCCCAUCAUCGGUGUCAGUUCGGCCCUCGAGCUACGAAGAUGGGGCUCGGAUUUCCUCGCAGAAACAUUCGCCAAUCCGGCGCUGCCCUCGACGCAGAAAGAGCAGCUCGCCACGACCGUGCUCCCAACUCUUCAGGAACUUCUCGAUCACGAUGCAGAAGACAUGACGGUGGUUCAGAAUGUGAUUCAAAUCGCGGCCAGUUUAUAUACAUUCGUGUUCAGACAUGUCAUUCGUCAUCAACAAGAAAAAACGAUAUGGGAGCAAAUGACCGCAAUCAAGCAUAAUAUACUUGGCCGGAUGGACUCCGCGCCGCAUCCAGUGAGGGUGUGCUGCAUCAAAUUUGUGCAGAGAGUCGUUCAUACCCAAACGCCCGGGCCCAUAGCAGAUCCAAGACGGCCGGAGAAAAACGAGACGUCCAUCGCUAUCGUCCCCCGAACUCACGCUAUACUCGUGAUACCCAACUUAGAAGCAGAGGCAUCGGGGCUAUUAGAUCGACUCUUGACAGUGCUCCAAGAGAACUCAGAUGAUGCAAUCUUGGUGAACGCGACGUUGAAUUGUUUGGCCGUCAUGCUUCGAACUCGGUCGACAAUUGCAAACAAAAUACUCGAAACUAUUCUGAAUUUCAACCCUAUCAAAACAUUAAAUGGGCCUUUGACUCCAACUAUGCGUGUGAAGGUCAAGUCGAUGGAGCGCACAGCCCGUGCUGUUCUAAUAAACGUGUUGAAAAGGAACCCCAAUCAUCCAAAGGCUGGGAAAAUGCAGCAGUAUAUGGAACGACUUGCGCAGAGCUGCACAGAGGCUCUUGAUGAUACAUCUCGAAAACGCGGCCCGCCUGCGGAACCGACAGACGGUCUAGAUAACGUCAAGAGAGCCAAGCUUGGUGUUGAGACCCCGCCUUUGAUAAAAAUACCUCCUCUCCCUCCGGGUCCUACGAGCUAUGCCCAACUUUACACUCUUACUGAGGAUGCUGGGCUUUCUACUUUUGAUGUCAAACAACUACCACCGGAUCUUAUUGUCAAGAUUGCUGUUGCUGUGCUCGGGAGAGUAGAUUCUAAUUCAUUACAACAAGCGACAGAAGGUAUUCGAGCUCGAUACCAAGGCCUUGUUGCUCAACAAGCAAAACAGACCCAAGUGCCCGCCGAAGAAGAAGAUGAUGACUAUGAGCCAGAGUAUCAGCCAGCAGAUGUCCCUGUACAGGAAGCAGAGGAUACGAUGCCCACCAUUUUCGGGCUCGAACCAGAAUUAGGACCAUUCAAACUUCCCAAGCCUCCUCCCAUGACCGAGGAUGAAGCAGGCGAAGUCGGCCGAGCCGCCGCCGAGCGAGUCUUUGAGAUGAUGGUGGCCACCCCUUUCAAACCAGCCGUCAAGGGCCCCGGAACUCAGUCAGACCGCAAAGGGUUCGCGCGUCUUGCGGGAGGAUCCUUUGACACAAAAGAAGCAUGGAUAACCAUGCUCGUACGCAUGGCGACACGAGCGCCAGCGAGCUUGGAAGGCGCCGCAGGGAAAAUCGAAAACGCCGAUGGCAGGCCCACCAUAGCAACACACAUUCGCGAGCUUUUGUAUCGCCAUAUUCUCGAAGAUUUCCGCUCCAGGAUCAAUAUUGGCAUCACGUGGCUCAAUGAAGAAUGGUACAAUGACAGAUUACAGAUGCAAAAUGCGUCGUCGUCUCGCUCGAAAGAAAAUGAAAACUUGACGGUGCCUCUGCACUACGACUCUUGGGUCUUGCGUCUUCUCGGCGGUAUUCUACCGUAUCUCGAUGCCCGCGAUAACAAGGUUCUUAUUCGCUUCCUCAGCGAGGUUCCCGAAAUCACGUCGCCGAUUCUCGGCCAUGUUCAGACUCUUGCCCGUGACCCUGAGCGCGUUACUCUUUGUGUGCAGACUUUACACUAUCUCGUAAUGCUCAGACCACCAGCGCGAGAAUUAUGUUUAGAUACAUUGGAGGAGAUCUACAACACCCACGAAGAAGCACGCCCCGCAGCCGGUAAAGUGCUAACUCGAUGGCGACCACAUGUCAUACAAGCACAAAAAGCCCAAGAAGCACCACAACCAUCAAUCAACAAUACGAAUGGCGUUCAAACUGCGACUUGA